AUGUAUAUAAUUGGCUCAUGUCCAGAGUUGGGCGGUUGGAUUGAGACAGAGGCCAAAAAGUUAAAGUAUAGCGAUAAUGGUGACUGGGAGAUUGUAAUAGAGUUCUCUCCUGCCUGUGCCAAUGGUACACAUUCAAGCAGCAAUGGCAAUGGCAAUGGAGCGACACCAUACCCAUCCUCUACUACUGCUACUCAAAAGGGUAUCGUAGAGUACAAGUACUUUGUAUUGGACACCAAUGCCGAGAAGAUAUGGGAGGGUGGUCAGAACAGAUUGAUCGAUAUCGCUCAAUGCAAUAGCCAGUACAUCCACGAGGUUAGAGAUACCUAUCAAAGUCCAUCAUCACCGGAGAACACUUACCUGCAAUCAUGCUUCUUCAAUGAUGUGUUGCUAAAGCGGGAGCAGGCGGAUGUGAAGCCUUAUACAUUCAUCUCUCCAUCAAACUCGGAGAGAGUUGUGAUACACUUCCAAGUCAAAUGUACGGCCGUGCAACCAAAUCUCUCUGUCUAUCUCGUGGGCAGCAACACUACACUUGGCAACUGGCGCACAGACAGAGCGAUCAAGAUGAGUGAUCAACACUACCCAUACUGGAAGAUCGACAUGGAGCUCAACAAAGAGCAGAUUCCAUUCUCUUACAAAUACAUCAUAUCGGACAAGUCAAAGACUUAUGUGCAGUGGGAGGAGGGACAGGACAGAUGGUUCACAAGCAGUAUCUUGGCAUCGAAUGAGUACUCGUCGACAAGGAGUGAGGAUCGCGAUUACUAUUUCAAUGACGGCGACUUUAAGGAGGAGAAGCAGAUCAGGACGACCGGUGUGGCGGUCCCCAUCUUCUCAUUGCGAUCCAAGAAGGGACUGGGCGUUGGUGAGUUCAACGACAUCAUCGCACUGGUGGACUGGGCCUCCGACACGGGCCUGCACAUGAUCCAGCUGCUGCCCAUCAAUGACACGACGGUCAAUCACACCUGGCGCGACUCCUAUCCCUACAGCUCGGUGUCCGUAUACGCACUGCACCCCAUCUACAUCAACAUUGAGACGGUCAGCAACGACCCCGCCAUCCUGGCAGAGAUCAACAGCAAUCGCGAAGCAUUGAACAAGCUGGACAAGUUGGACUAUGAGCUUGUGAUCAACCUGAAGCAGAAACUAUUGCAGAGGAUAUAUACAAAGGCAAAAGCAGACCUGGAGAAGGACAAAGAGUACGUCCAAUACAUCAAAGACAACCAAGACUGGGUCCAAGCCUAUGCACUCUACUGUGUAUUCCGCGACCUCUACCAAACCUCAGACUUUACACAAUGGAAGGAGCAUCAGAACAUUGACAAUGCUACAAUCAAUCAACUGGCAGCACCAACAUCAAAGUAUUAUGAUCAGGUUAGAUAUCAUUACUUUGUACAGUAUCAUCUACACAAGCAACUGUUGCGAGCUUCUCAAUAUGCAGUGUCCAAGAGGAUUGGACUCAAGGGCGAUCUACCAAUCGGUGUCAACAGGUUCAGUGUUGACACAUGGUGCAACCCUCAUCUCUUCCGUAUGAACAUGUCAACUGGUGCGCCACCCGAUGCCUUUGCUGAUGAUGGACAGAACUGGGGAUUCCCAACUUAUGACUGGGACAGGAUGAGGAAGGACAACUAUGCAUGGUGGAGAUCAAGACUGGGACAGAUGGCCAAGUACUUCCAUGCCUUCCGUAUCGACCAUAUUCUUGGAUUCUUUAGGAUUUGGGAGAUCCCUACCGAGUGUCUAACUGGCCUACUUGGUCACUUCAACCCAUCACUCCCACUGACCAGGAAUGAGCUUACCAGCCAUGGUAUCUGGGACAUCAAUAGGUUGACCAGACCAUACAUCAGAUAUCAUACAUUGAGAGAGUUCUUUGGUGAUUACUCAGAUACUGUAUCAAAGAAGUUCUUGAAGGAGUAUACUUCCAACUGUUACAAGUUGAAGCCAGAGUAUGAGACUGAGAGGAACAUCGAUGCCAACAUUGUAGGUGAUGACCUUAUGUAUAAACCAGGCCUAUUGAAGUUGGUCCAGAAUGUAUGUUUGAUUCAGGAUAAGGAGGAUGAGAACAAGUUCUAUCCACGUAUCGAGUUGAUCAAGACAUCAUCCUACAACGAACUCUCUGAUGACUUGAAGAGUGCUCUGUACAGACUCUACAUAUCAUACUACUUUGAGCGACAAGAGGACCUGUGGACACACUCUGCACUCCAAAGAUUGCCAAUCAUCAAGGGUUGUACAAGAAUGUUGGUAUGUGGAGAGGACUUGGGAAUGGUUCCAAAGUGUGUUGAGCCAGUGUUGAAGGAUCUAGGCAUCCUUGGAUUGAGGAUUCAACGCAUGCCUUCGGACAGCACAAAGGAGUUCUACUAUCCAUCAGAGUAUUCAUAUCUCACGGUGAACACAACGUCAUCGCACGACAUGGUCACGCUACGAGGCUGGUGGGAGGAAGACCGCGCUCGCUCUCAGACCUUCUACAACAAUGUAUUGAACAUGUACGGUGAGGCACCAUACUUUUGCGAGCCUUACGUCACUGAGACCGUCAUCAUGCAGCAUCUGCAGUCGCCCAGCAUGAUAUCGAUAUUCCCGCUACAGGACUGGUUUGGUCUGUCGUCAGAGUUGUCAUCACGCGAUCCAAAGGAAGAGAAGAUCAACGAGCCAUCCAACCCCUUCCACUACUGGCAAUACAGAAUGCAUGUCGAUCUCGAGGACCUACUGGAGAACACCAAUCUCAACAAGUCAAUCCUGCGACUAGUCACUGCAUCAAACAGGAAGACUGAGUGA